UCUGAUCAUGUUCCUCUCUCUUCUUUUUUUCUGUCACUGUAUAAUUUGAUUUAUCUACUAUUCUGUUCUUGGCAAAUUUUCCGUAACUCUCUUCUGUAUCUCCUCUAUCACUUGUUAAAAGUCCCUUUUCAUGUAUUAUUUCACUCUAAGAGACUCGAGACACAUAUUUAGUGCUGUAUGUUUUGAUGAACCAUCGUUGGUGUGUGCUUGUUAAUUCAAUUACACUUCGGAAAAUCUCUAGCUAUGACAGCCCUGCUGCACCCCAUUUCUCCCCUCACUAAUCCAUCUUUAGAAACCACAAGAAAAGCUUGUUGCUUCUUCUCUCAGAUUACAAAUAUCCACAGUUCUUCACCGAUCAAGGGCUUUUCUAGGGUUUUAGCUUCUGGGCACAUCACUGUUUCUCCUAGGGAGACUCAUUUCACUUUGCCCAGUUGGAGGAAUGGAAGAAAUGACCCAAGAAUCAAAGAAGUCAAACUCAACGAGGCAUUUUCUUAUUUAGAGUACAUGGUAGGGAAGGGGCAAAAGCCGGAUUUAGUUCAAUCCACUCAGCUCUUGCAUGAUCUGUGCAGGGCCAAUAAACUUAGAAAAGCAAUCAAGGUAAUGGAGAUGAUACUUGGUUCUGGUAGUAUGCCAGAUCCCGAGUCUUAUGCGUACUUGGUGAAUCAGUUGUGUAAAAGGGGGAAUGUUGGCUAUGCUAUGCAGUUAGUGGAGAAAAUGGAGGAAUAUGGUUGUCCACCCAACACUGUUACUUAUAAUUCACUUGUUAGAGGGCUUUGUAUCCAUGGGAACCUGCAACAAAGCUUGCAGCUUUUGGAUAAACUAAUGCAUAAGGGGCUGGUCCCAAAUGUAUUUACUUACUCGUUCUUGCUCGAAGCCGCUUACAAGGAGAGAGGGGUAGAUGAGGCAAUGAGACUGUUGGAUGAGAUUAUCGCUAAAGGUGGAAAGCCUAAUUUGGUUAGUUAUAAUGUUCUGUUAACCGGUUUGUGUAAGGAAAGUAGAACUGAAGAAGCUAUUAAAUUCUUCAGGAGUUUACCAUCGAAGGGGUUUAGGCCAAACGUUGUGAGUUACAACAUCAUAUUGAGGAGUUUAUGCUUUGAGGGGAGGUGGGAAGAAGUAAAUGGACUCUUGGCUGAGAUGGAUGGAGGGGACCGGACCCCAUCUGUAAUUACCUACAAUAUCUUGAUUGGUUCACUUGCAGAACAGGGUCGAACUGAUCAUGCUCUUGAGGUCCUGGAGGAGAUGAUGAGAUGUGGAUUUAAGCCAAAUGGUGCAAGCUACAACCCAAUAAUUGCUCAAUUCUGCAAGCAGGGGAAGAUAGAUCUUGUGGUCAAUUGUCUAGAACAAAUGAUGUAUCGACGCUGUAAUCCUAAUGAGGGGACAUAUAAUGCUCUUGCCAUGCUCUGCAGUGAAGGGAAGGUACAUGAAGCCUUCUCUAUUAUCCAAAGCUUGGGUAACAAAACAAACUCUUCCAUGCAUGACUUCUAUAGGAAUGUCAUAUCCAGCUUGUGUAGGAAGGGAAACACUACAGCAGCAUUCCAUCUCUUAUAUGAGAUGACAAAGAAUGGAUUUACUCCUGAUUCUUAUACCAAUUCAUCCUUGAUCAGAGGCCUGUGUACGGAGGGGAUGCUAGCCGAGGCAAUGGAGAUUUUUACAGUAAUGGAAGAUAAUGAUUUCAGGCCAGAUAUUGACAAUUACAAUGCCCUCAUACUUGGCUUAUGCAAGGCCAGAAGGACAGAUUUGUCACUCAGAGUUUUUGAGCUGAUGAUCGAGAAGGGAGGCAUGCCUAAUGAGACAACUUAUACUAUCCUAGUAGAAGGGAUUGCCCAUGAAGAAGAAAUGGAGUUGGCAGCAGAGGUUCUGAGGGACUUGUAUCAGAGACAUGUUCUGAGUUUAAAUACUGUGGAAAGGCUUGUGAUGCAAUAUGACCUGGAGUUGUCAACUCUUUAGCUCAGAUCUGGUGUAACAAAGAGGAAGGCUCCACCUUUAGCACAGCAAGCCAAAGAAAAACUGAAAAUUUGAUGGAUAAAUAACUGAUUGGAGCAACAGAUUCUGGCUCUCUGGAUCAAGAUAAGCAUGAAUUCUACCUGAGUGAUGCAUGCAGAUUAUUGGGUUAUAAGCUUGACACUGAUCUCAAGAUUGUUUAAUGGUGGCAAGAGAAAGGAUUCAAGUUUUAGCGUCAUUCUGGAGGUGAGACUAUCCCAAACACAUGCUUCCUAUUUUGGUUUGUAAAAAUUGAUGUCAAGUUGGUUUCAAUUGCCUGCCCCAUUUUUUAUUGCAACCAAAGGACUUGUAUCCUGAAAUCGUUUUCAUAAAUCAAGUGCCUGCUUUCCAUUGGUUGAAUCCAUUACUCAAUCAAUCUGUGGGCAUAAAGCAUUCAUUGAUUUUCUCUCUCCUCUCUCCCCCCCCCCCCCCCCCCAACCAAAAAAAAUUUAUUUUCUUUCUGUAACUAUAUCUCCUUUCUGUAUCUAUUUCAGUCGGUUUAUUCUACCAUCUUGUAUUUGAGCUUUUACAAUAACAUAAAAGGUUCAGUGA